AUGUUUGGUAUGCGCAAGUUCAACGCUCCUGUCCUCCGUCCCGCCGCUCCCUUCAUUGUCGGUGGUGUCACUGUCUUUUACUUGGUUGCCAAGAUCCAGAGUGCCUUGAUUGAGACUGACGAGUACAAGAACGACCCCAGAAACCCUGCUUUGGCUGCUGGCAAGAAGGCUCACUAA